AGGGAAGGACUCUCUCUCUGAAGUUAUAAAAGGAGCGGCCUACCAUCACGGGCAUAUUGUGAAAAGUGUCCAGUGUGGGUUAGGAAAUGAAGAUCCUUUUACUUUUGGUGAGCCUGGCGGUUUUCGCGGAGGGUAGACGUGUCAGGGUGAGACCCGUAUCGUCGGCGGAUUCGUUGGAAGAUGCGCCUCAACAAGUGGAAUAUUACGCGGAACAAGAAGAAGACCAAGGGCCGGUUUUGGUAUCCAGGCAGGACACUUACGGCAGGGCUAACGGUCAGCCUAGACUCCAGCCCAAACUAAAAUCUGUAUCCGCCAAGGCGCCACCGGUUCAGACUAUAAGGAAUUAUAACAAACUGAACGACGACGGAUCUUUCACGUUCGGUUACGAGGCCGCCGACGGUAGUUUCAAAGAGGAAACGAGAGGAACCGAUUGUGUCGUGAGAGGGAAAUAUGGCUACAUCGACCCUGAUGGCAACAAAAGGGAAUUUACUUAUGUAUCUGGUAACCCUUGCGAUCCUAACGCCGUCCAGAGCGAAGAGGAAGAAGAAGACGUCCCUUCAGGAGAAGAAAACGUCCCUCAGAACAUCCCACAGAAUUUUCCCCUCAGAAGACCACAAUUGGUGAAAUCCCGACCAGCGCCGACAUCUCGACCAAGGCCUACUCAGACCGUUUUCCAACAGGACUACAAUAAAGAUUCUGAAGAGGACGAGGAGGAAAACGUCCCGGUAUUGCCGACUCACAGGCCUAGGCCUACGACUCCUUCCCCGGUGAGGAACUUUCCGGUUCCCAGCUUCGCUCAGUUGGAAGAACAAGUCCAACCGCAGGUUUUGAGAGCAACGCAGAGACCCAAGUUGAUCGUGACAAGUCAGCCGAGACCUUCACCUCAACAAGUGUCAAUUACUCCUAGGCCGACCCAACCCCCCGCGACUACCUACAGGCCUCAACUAGUACGCCUUUCGACCGUCACUCCCGCUUCGGCGAAAAAGAGGCCCCAGCCAUCUCUCGACUUAGACGAAGAAUUGAAAAAUUUCCAAUUGGAACACAACGUCGUGUCGACACCCCGACCAUCGCAGGCGCACACUCCCAAAGCGCUGUCAGGAAGCCCCAUCUAUACUUCCGAACUUGUUUUCGACCCCAGCUCGGGCCAGUACAACACCGUACUUUACCAACAAUUGCCUCAAAGCCAGGGAGAAUUCAACUUGAGAGGAAGGCUCCAACCUUACGUCCACAACCCGCAACCCCAGCCUUUCUUCCAGCCCAGACCGUUCAGUCCGAGACCGGGUCCACCGCCUUCCCACCCCUUCCAUCCGCCGACCCAACAGCAGCUCUUCCAACAGCAGCAAUCCGCCCUCCUUCAGCAAUCGCAACAGUUAUUCGCCGCUCAACAGAAGAAACAGCAGGAGACCAAACCGCAGAGAUUCCCGGCGUCCCUCCUCCAGCAAGAACCUCAGAGGUUCACCCCAGGGCCGUCCAAGCAGUUCCACCGCCCUCCUCCUCCUCCUCCUCCGCAACAACCUUUCUUCUUCGUCGCUCCAUCCGGUGACAGAACAUCUCUUUCAAAUGGCCAAAUCGACGCUUUCCUCAGGGGACACUCGCUCGCCCUCUAAAAUAAACGAUCCCGAAAAAAAUACCUAGUCCUUCAAAACGAUCGACAUCGUUAUUUAUUUUACUCAAUUAAACUUAAGAC